AUGAGGCUUCUAAUGUCUUCUUCAGAUCAAGAUGAAGGUGAAAUGAAGAAAUUUACUAAUUGGAUACUUGAUGUUGGAAAUGAAAAUAUUAGUUUUGUUGUUGGUGAUGAAUCAGAAAUUGAAAUUAUAGAUGAUCUAUUGAUUACAACUACUGAUGACCUUCUCUUUCAUUUGGUAGACUUUGUAUAUCCAAAUUUGUUGCAAAACAUGUCAGAUUACAAGUAUUUUCAGAGUAGGGCAAUUCCUGCACCCACGCUUGAGAGUGUCAAGAAGGUAAACGAUUUUGUCUUGACAAUCUUUCCAGGGAUGGAAAAUGAGUAUUUGAGUUCUGACACAACAUGUCAAGCUGAUGAGAAUGAAGAUGUACAAUAA